CCAAGAUUCUUCGCCAUGGAACAAACACCGUUCCCUCUCCCAGGUAUUCAGCAUGGUCGCCGGAUCCUCGCCACCGUCGUGGAAACGCGUGCGAAGAAUGAGCCUAACAGUCCCUGGAUUUCGGUACCCAUCGACGAUGCCGAUUUAUCGCGGGGCUAUCGAGACAUCAGCUUCCAACAAUUGAACAAUGCAGCCAACCAUGCCGCGCGAUGGCUACACGAGAACUUGCUUGCUUCGACAGAGCCGUUUCAAUGCUUUGCCUAUGCAGGUCCCAAGGAUUUUCGCUAUCCCAUUCUUGCUGUGGCCGCUGCCAAACUACAAAAAGUGAUCGUGCUUCCGUCUCCGCUUAUAACACCCGAGGCUCAACUACGCAUCUUUCGACAGAAGAGCUGCACCCUGUAUCUGCGCCCUGCAACAAUGGCAGAGCAUGUGGCCACUAUUCUUCGCGAGGCGCCUGAAAUCCAGACUCUUACUGUUCCGGAGCUCGGUGAAUUUUUGCGGGAGGCCGAGGCUGCGCCGUAUACGUACUCAAAGACCUGGGAGGAGGGGAAGGACGAGCCCUGGAUCGUCUUUCAUACGUCUGGCACAACAGGCUUUCCUAAGCCUAUUACAUACACCCAAAGUAUGAUGACGAGUCCAGACAUUGCUGCAUCUUUGCCUGAUAUUGAGUAUACUCAUGUGCAUCAGUAUGCGCUUCGUCGGUGGUAUACGCCACUACCCUCGCUUCACUUUGUGGGUACGGUGAUGACUCUAUCAAUGACUUCCUUCCUUCACAUGGUCGCUGUCGUAGGCCCUGCAGCACCCCCUUCACCACCGGUUGUUGCAGACAUCCUGCGAUAUGGCCGGGUAGAUGGUGCCUUGCUCACACCCGCCAUCAUCGAUGAGCUAUGCCUCAUACCGUCUGGACUGGAUGCUCUACGGCAAAUGAAGUAUGUGCAUUUUGCCGGAGCGCCUCUUUCCGCCAAAGCUGGUGCACAACUGUCAACACACGUUCAUCUAGUACCCUGUAUAGGCAGCACCGAAGCAGGGGGGUAUUUCACCACAGUACAAGGCAAAGACCGUCCGUGGGAUUAUAUUACCUUCCAGAAACACGCAGGAGCCGAGUUUGAGCACCGCUUUAACGAAUUGCACGAGUUGGUCUUCGUGCGGCGACCCGAAUGUACCAUGCAGCAGAUCUUCUCGGUAUAUCCGGACCGAGAUCGGUUUGAAACCAACGAUCUCUGGGUCGAACAUCCUGAAUACAGAGGCUCGUGGAAGAUAAUCGGACGUACCGAUGACUAUGUGGCUCUCGCACAUGCGGACGGGUUGCAUGCUUCGCUGUUAGAGCCUGAGAUUGAAGCCCAUCCAGGCGUGAAGUCCGCUCUAAUCGGGGGCCACGGUCGUCCAGCCCCUGUUCUCAUCGUCGAGUUCUUCCCGGAGGCGGAGAUGGGCCAAGACCAACAGGCAGUGAUUGAAAGUCUACGUCCGUAUCUCGAGAAGGUCAACGCGCAUGUGCAUGAAUGCGUCAGCCUCUCGGCGGACCGAACCAUAAUUGCGGGGAAGCACAAGCCUUUUGUGCGUACAAUCAAGGGGAGCGUAGCCCGGUUGCAGACCCUCAGUCUAUAUGAGGAUGAAAUAGCUGCCUUGUUUGCUAAGAAAUAGGUUCACAAU